AUGGUGGCGUCGGCCAAGGGACGGUUCGUGUCCGUGCUCGCGGUGGCGGCGGCGCUCGCGGCCGUGCUCCUCUACCGCGCGCCCUUCUCCAAGAGCUUGGGCGGCGAAGGGUGCAGCCUCCUCCCGCACGACCACUUCUGGAUCGCCAGCGACCGCGUCGUCACGCUCGGCCGCGUCGGCCCCGCCGCAGUGGAGGUCAAAGGAGGGCUCAUCAACGCCAUCGCCGUCGGGGACUACCGGAGCUUCGUGCUCCGCCGGCCGCUCCUGGACUACGGGGACGCCGUCAUCAUGCCCGGCCUCAUCGACGUGCAUGCCCAUCUCGACGAGCCUGGACGUGCCGAGUGGGAGGGCUUCUCCACCGGUACAAGAGCAGCUGCGGCAGGUGGGAUAACGACGUUGGUGGAUAUGCCACUCAACAGCUUCCCGUCAACAGUCUCUGAAGAAACUCUCAAAAUGAAGCUGGAAGCAGCUCAAGAUAAGCUAUAUGUUGAUGUGGGGUUCUGGGGAGGCCUUGUGCCAGAGAACGCCUUCAACCCAAGUGCUUUAGAGAGUCUCCUAAAUGCAGGCGUUUUAGGACUCAAGUCUUUUAUGUGCCCCUCUGGCAUCAACGACUUCCCCAUGACAAAUUCAACUCAUAUCGAGGAUGCUAAACGCAGUGGUGCAAGUUUAUCAAUAGAAACAUGCCCUCAUUACCUGGCAUUUUCAUCUGAAGAAGUUCCAGAUGGAGAUACUCGCUUUAAAUGUUCUCCUCCCAUACGUGAUGACACAAACAGAGAAAAUCUUUGGAAAGCUCUACUUGAUGGACACAUAGACAUGCUAAGUUCAGACCACUCACCAUCAACUCCUGAUCUCAAGCUAAUGGAGGAAGGCAACUUUUUAAGGGCAUGGGGAGGCAUAUCAUCAUUGCAGUUUGUCCUCCCGGUAACAUGGUCAUAUGGGCGAAAGUAUGGCAUUACUCUGAAUCAGCUAGCCUCAUGGUGGAGCGAAAAGCCAGCCAAGCUUGCAGGCCAAAAGAACAAGGGAGCUAUUCUACCAGGAUACCAUGCUGACAUAGUAGUAUGGAAACCCGAAACUGAGUUCCAACUUGAUGACAACCAUGCUAUAUAUCAUAAACAUCAGAAUAUUUCGGCGUAUCUAGGAAAGCAACUUUCUGGUAAGGUCCUGUCAACUUUUGUGAGAGGAAACCUAGUGUUUGCUGAAGACAAGCAUGCAAAUGUUGCUUGUGGUGGAUCCAGAGCUGCCAUUGUUGAUCCGUAG